AUGGCUGGCUUGAAGACUCGGUCUGUUUUGCUGCUUAUACUAUACUGUUUCUGCCAGAGAGGUAUCCCAAGUGGAAUCUCAACACAUGUUGAAAUAGCACAUAGAGCUCUGGAAUUUUUCAUACAUGAAGGGAAUGUUAAUUAUAGACAGUUGUUAUUAAAUCACCAAGAUGCAUUUCAGGCUGGGAGCAUUUACCCUGAUGCCUUUUAUCCUCCAAUCUGCAAAAAUGGAGUAUUUCAUGAUGUGUCUGAGGACACUCACUGGUCACCAUUUCUCACUGCAAGUAUUCAGUACAUCAGAAGGAAAUACCCUCAGCCUUGGGAAGAGGCUACAGAGAAGCUGGUGGCUUUCCUGUUUGGAAUUGCCUCGCAUAUGGUGGCAGAUGUUAGCUGGCAUAGCCUGGGCAUCGACCAAGGAUUUCUAAAGGCCAUGGGAGAAAUUGAUUUUCGUGGUUCGUACUCAGAAGCUCACAAUGCUGGUGAUUUUGGAGGAGAUGUACUGAGUCAGUUUGAGCUGGACUUCAGUUAUCUGGCAUCAAAUUGGUAUGUUCCUGUCAAAGACCUAGCAGCAAUCUACGAGGAAUUUUAUAAAAGAGAGAUCAUCACUGAAAGCACAAUUACUGACUGUACUUACUUGCUGUUUCUUGAACUGCAUGGGGAAAGGCUUGCUGUUGCCAAGCUUUUUCCAACGUAUGCUCGUAAAUCCCCAUUUCUGGUGGAGAAGUUCCAUGAGUAUUUCCUCGGAGGAGUGGAUGACAUGGCGUUCUGGACAAACAAUAUUUUUGAGCUGACAAGCCGUAUGCUAGAGGAAGGAACCAGUGGCUGCUUCCUGCCUGAGAACCCUUUGUUCAUAAACUGCACAAGGGAGCACAAGGAGAGCUACGUAAACAGACAAUCGAAACAUGAACAUCAAAAGAAUGCAACUUCUUUGCUUACAAAAACACUUGAAAAGAACCUAACUUACACAGAGAGAGGAGUUCGCUUCAAUAUACAAUCUUGGGCAGCAAACUCGCUCCGCUUGAUAAACCAGGCUUUUGCAGCCAAAGUCUGGGGAGCAUUAGCGGCUACACAUCAAGAAUCUUCUAAGCACAUCUCCAAGCCUGUAGCUUCAUAUUUUCUGACUUCACCCUAUGCUAGACUUGGAUGGGCAAUGAUCUCAGCUGACCUAAACCAGGAUGGAUAUGAAGAUCUGGUGGUUGGAGCACCAGGGUACAGCACAUUGGGCCAUGUUCAGAUAGGACGAGUCUAUGUGGUCUAUGGCAACCAGUCAGGUUUGCCACCAAAGGACAUGGAUCUAGAUGGGAAAGCUGACCAAGUACUACAGGGUCAUCAGCCUUCCGGAAGAUUUGGUUCUGCCCUGGCAGUCCUGGACUUCAAUGAGGAUGGAGUGCCAGAUCUGGCAAUAGGAGCACCUUCUGUGGGAUCUCAGUUUCUUACUUAUAAAGGUGCUGUGUAUGUGUAUUUUGGCACUGCAGGAAGAGGCUUGGCAUCUCAACCAAAUGUUACCAUAACUUGUCAGUACACCUACUGUAAUCUUGGCUGGUCCCUCCUGGCAGCUGAUGUUGAUGGGGAUGGAAAUGCUGAUCUGGUUGUGGGCUCUCCAUAUGCACCUGGUGGUGGGCAGCAGAGAGGGCUUGUGGUUGCAUUUUACUCCUAUUUCAACAGGAGUGACCAAGGACUUCUGUCAGUACAGGAUGCCAACUGGAUAGUGAAGGGAGAAGACAACUAUGCUUGGUUUGGAUUUUCACUUGCCAGCUGCCAGCUGGAGAACAUAACCUUACUGCUGAUUGGUAGCCCUACCUGGAAGAGUUGUGCUGGUUCAAGCUGCAAGCCCUCCAAAUCAGAUGUCAGCGUUGGGAAAGUGUAUGGGUAUAACCCACCAAGCACAGAGCACUGGUUUGCAGUAGCUGGAGACAAGGCGAUGGGCAGAAUGGGCUUGUCUCUGGCCAGUGGUGUCAUGUCUGUGGCUGGGAUCACAAAGACAGUUUUAGUGGUGGGUGCACCUACUACAGAUAGCAUGUCUAGGAUUUCAUUUAUAUCCUCAGUGCUGCAUCAAGCUGGUCUGGCCCUGGUAUAUGAUCUGACAGACAGCACCAAGCCAUCUUUGCUCAGCACAUUCAGCGGGGACAGGAGGUUUUCUCGCUUUGGAGGAAAUGUAUACCUAAGUGACCUGGAUAAUGAUGGAUUAGAUGAAAUGAUCGUGACCUCCCCACUGCGAACUAAAGAUAUCUCAGUCCUCUUUGGGGGGGCAGCUGGACAUGUUUACAUUUACAGUGGAAACCAGACAUCCUCAGGGAACGUGACAGACCACUGCAAAUCAUGGGCAUCUCCCUGUCCUGAGGACUGGGCACAGUAUGUCCUGAUUUCUCCUGAGGAACUAUCAAGAUUUGGGAGUUUGGUUAUCACUGUGAAAUCUGAAAGAAAGAAAGAAAUUGUAGUGGCAGCAGAGAGAAGUUCGGCGAAAGCUCGACUUGGUGGAAGGCUUUUUGUCUACUCACUCUAA